AUGCAACGGCCGCUGGCCAUCCGACCUGGUCGGUCGACCGCGGUGAGCACUUGCGCCGUAUCGCAUUACAUGGACACCAGGAUUUCGGGCGGCCGUAACGACGUCGCGCUGCCCGCCUUAGCCCACAAAGGCCCCGCGCCAACAUGCUAUGAACGGCCCCAAUUGGAAGGCCGUCAGCACCUUGGCAAAGCCAGGACGUAU